AUGCCUUUCAGAAAUUCAUCUAAGCUUACCCAAAGUCUCUCAGACCUAUCAAGCAGAGCCAGUAACCUCGAGCUUGAGAACCAAGAGCUCAAACAACGUCUUCGAGCAUUGGAAGCACUACGUGUGUCAGAAUGGCAAGAGAACCGAGAUAUCAUCACCAAUCUGGAAAAUAAAUGCUCCAAAUUACUUACCAUAUAUACCGAAGAUAAGUUCAAAUUGGCCUUGAGCACAUUGGCAAACAGCAUCAUGGAAGACAUUGCCACUGCACGAAUGGAAUAUAUCAAGACCUAUGGGUCCGGAUGGAGCAUGAUCGAUAAUUUACUGAAUGAGCAUCCCGACCAAGAAAAAAAUGUAUCCAAUAUACUUAGGACAGAUCAAGAUACAAAGAAGCAGGUUGAGUCAUUCGUAAUCGAUACAUUGCGAGAUCAUUAUACGUCAACUAUGAAUUCUGGAUAUGGCGAACGUCCAAAUACGUUGAGAAGUAAGUUAGAUACCAAGGCGAAAGCCAGGAUGGCGAAGAGCCUGAAAGACCCUCACCUGUUCGUUUUAUCUAUUCAGCUUGGCGAUGGAGAUGACGUUGAUGCUGAAGUUGUGAAGAGUUUUUUGAAAGUCGGGACAUUACCUGUUGGUGAUAUUAUCAGAGAAACGAUGUUUACUAAAUAA